AUGCAGGCCAUUCGAACGCGGGGCGCCUGCAUCGCGCGUCAGUCGAAGCUGACGAGCCUGCGCCAAUCGAGAUCCUACGCCUCCGGAGGUGACCACGGCCACCACCACGCCCACAACGUCCAGGAGCCCAUCGGAAACUUCUUCUGGGCGACCGUUGCCGUCAUUCCCGCGGCGUACUUCAUGUACAAGAUCACCUCGCCCGGCAAGGACGGCGAGGCACCAUACCUCACCAAGAAGAUCCACGAAGCGUGGCACUGGCAGGAGACAUGGGCUGAGAGGAGCCACCUCCAUACCAAGGCUAUUGAGCAAGCUGGUUUUGACAGGUUGCUCCUCUUCUCCGCCCCGGCCAACCGCGACGUCGACCUCCGAUUUCCUGAGGCCUUCUCGAACCACGCCGCCCGCAACGUUGUCGCUGGUUCCCAGACUAACCUGGACCAUGUCGUUGCCCACUACAAGAAGCAGCAUCUCGAUGAGGAAGAACGGAAAGCCCAGCUUGCCAAGAAGCAGGAAUGA